AUGCCUGCACCUCCUCGAGCGAUCGGCCACUCCAAGGUCCUUAAAAUGUUGGACUACCUUGUGGAGUCGCUGUUUGUGACACCCACAAACACCAGGACAUGUGGUCAUGGCCAGCAAUGCGAGGCAGACUACAAUCCAGAUAAAGUCCUCGGUUUGAGUCUGGAACAGUUUCAGCUGUUGGUGCUUGGCUUGUCCUUCGUGGCUGCUAUGGGGUGGAUCUGCUGCGUCGCAUGCCUCAGCUCAAGUCUACAGCAAUCUGGCCGAACGACACCAGAAAAGUCUGCACCGAUUUACAGCACGUCCAGGUUACCUACUGAUGGGACGACCGAACUUCCACCAUCAUCUCUGUCAGCCAGAAUUAAAGGGAGUUUGUUCCUUUUACUGUAUAAGAUUCGUCGCUUUGGAACUGAACCAAGAUGUGAGAACACCACUAGAACACCUCUCGCGAACGGCUUCAGGAGACGAAGCUCCUCAAGAGCAACUGUGACAGCGUCCGAACGUUCUCUACGGUCAGACUGUCGUUGCCCGCAGUCGCUGAGUCGUGUGCAUACAAGAGGGUCUGUGACAGAUCACGGACAGUCUGAGGUUUCAUUCACGGAGUCGUUGGUGAUGUCUCAAUGCCGUAGUCGUGGAAAAGAAGGUCUAGAGACUAGGAGUGAAAGUCACAAUGGUUUGCAAGAUGCACGCGUUUUGCCAAAUUCUGAUUGGAAGGAUGGUAUACAUUUAAGUGUUGAGCCUCAUUCUGAUUGGAAUGAUGAUGAUGAUGGCACAGAGACUUGUAUCGAGCCUCAUUCUCAUUGGAAGGGCGAUGUACGUGAGUAUACUGAGCCCCGUUCUCAUUGGAAGGAGGGUAUAGAAGCCAGUACUGAGCCCCCUUCUGUUUGGAGUGACGAUGUAGAUGCACGUACUGAGCUUCAUUCUGACUGGAAGGAGGGGAGGAAAUUACGGGCUAAAGCGCUGCGUAAUUGGAAAAAGGGUACAGUAUCACGUACUGAACUUCACUCUGAUUGGAAGAAAAGUAUGGAAUCAUUUAGCGAGCCUUGCUACAACCAGAGAAAUGGCACAGGAUACGAGCAUCAGCCUACGCGUAGUAUGAAGAAGGAUAGAGACUCAUGGUUUCAACACCAUGAACAUGAGAAUUCUGAGAAGAUUACAGACCAAUGCUCCUACUAG